AUGCUGCACACGGACCAGCUGUGCACGGACCAGUGUGCACAGCCUGCCCUUAUCUACCCCUGUUACCUUAGGUUUGAGCGCCGCUCACCAUCGCUUCGGUCGGGUGGUGCGCACCCUUACUAUACCCUACGAUACUACACGCACCUCCCCUUCCUCCCCCCAUCCAACAUGGCUGCCUGCCAAGGCCAAGUCCACGCAUUCGACUCUCAGGACCUCAUCGACGUCUACAUCCCAGACGGCCCUGAGACUAUCAUCUACCGUUGCGAGCAGCAGCUGUGCCCGAACCGAACACCCCGAUCAAUCGCAGAGGACUACCCGCGCUACAAAGUGAUCCGACGAGCGCAACACCCGCUUGGACCCCGCAGCACCCUCACAUCCCGAUCCGCCUCGUGGCAUUCGUGCCCUGUCUCCCCCAGCUCCCGCCUUCCUCAAACUGUCGUCGCCGGUCCAAGUCAAGCACAAGGAGAUCUCCCUCCAGACCCUGUGCCAGAGCCUGAGCCUAAGGAGAGUGCGAGUGAAGAAGGAGUCUCGGAGUCCGAGUCCGCGGAUCCUACUCGGCCCGCCUCGCCGGCAGUGCUCGCCCCCACGUCAGCAGUCCCUGAC